GGAAUUACAUUGGUUUAUAAUGUUUGCCAGCUAAGUUUGUUUCACUGAGAUACGUACACACGUCGUUUAUGUUACAUUAAAUUUCCCUGUUUUCCCAUUGUGCAAUACGCAACAAGAGCACGUAACAUAAACAAAAAGUACGAGCAGCACGACCAAAAUCGUGGAUAGAAUCAGCUUAUUAGAUAAUUACAAAAAUAGUGUGUGAUAUUAGUUCUGUACAUACAAGUUGUACUAUUCCUCUAACAUAAUGAUAUUGCGGCUACUCACAACUUCAGUCCAGCAACGGAUCGCCACCUUUCCCCUGGGCAAGAUAAUCGCCCGCAUCCCAGCGCAGAUUCCGAAAGUACCGGCUGUCCAGCAACUGCGAGCGAGUUUCAGCACUAGUUGCCGGCUUGCGGCCAAUCCGGUUGCCUCGCGUGCCUACGACAUCAACACCAAAGUGGUCAAAGAUGUGAUGCUGUACAAGUACGAGAAUCCCCGCUUCUACCGGAUAUUGAACAUCUUCGCCAUCACUCAGUUCCUGUUCUGGGGGUAUUUGUCACACUUUGCCUACACUACGCUGAGGGACACUCCCGUUCCGGAAGGGAAAACCGAUGAACUGGCCUGGUACGAACGGAUCAACUUGGGAGAGAAUAAGUAUCGCAACGGGAUAGCGAUUAUGUCCUUCGUGAUAGGAUACGGCAUUCUCUUCACUUCGUGGAUGUUCACGUUACGAUCGGUACGCUUCCUGAUCCUGCGAAAAGGCGGAGACAAAGUCAGUGUGGUGACCUACGGCCCGUUCGGUAAAAAUCGCAUUAUGGAAGUUCCCCUGAAUUGCAUUUCCGCUCAAGAGUCCAGAGAAGCUGCUCGCGUAACCAUCCCGAUUAAAAUUAAGAAUCGCUCCUUCUUCUACGUUGUAGACAAAAAGGGAGAGUUCACAAAUGCUAGGCUGUACGAUUACACCGUUGGGAUGAGACGAAACUUGAAGUAAAAGUGGUCUUUUAUAAAGUUAUAUAGAAAAAAAU